CUUUCUGCAGCUGAGGUCAGAUCGGCGUUCAUUCUUUCUUACACGUAGAGAUCGCCCUGCCUACUCAUUGUAGACAGCAGACAGGCAUUGUAAGCAGCCAGUGGUGCAUGUGACACUAGUAGAGUUGCAGGUGAAUGAGCUUUGGAUGUUGCAUGCCUUGUUAUUAGGUCCAGUGAUGAUGUGGUCUGUACUGAUGUGGGGAUGCAGCAGGCAUUUGUGUCAUUUAUGUGCCCAAGUGCAUGCAGCGGUGUGUGAUCGCAGGCUGUGGCUGCUCUGUGACUGUUCCUUUGCUCAGCGUCUGUUUUGUUGCAGGUGCAGCUGGCAGAUGUGAUGCGGGGCCCUUGGAAAUACAGCCUCUCAAUCAGCAUGACCUGGCUGCUCUGCGUGGCAGGACAUAGGUAUGUACUGGCCACUUGUCCUGAUGUCACUGUGACUCGAGAGGUUCUCAAAGAUGGAUUUCACAGAGACCUACUAACAAAGGUAGAACUUGGAACAGUGGAUGAAGACGUAGGACGUUGCAGUGUGGCGAUUAAAGAACAGCUUCCAGCAGGACUCUAUGUGGACCCCAAUGAGCUAGCAUCAUUACAACAGCACAAUCGAACUGAGGCCCUUAUAGUUCCAGAUGCUGUUGAUGUGGAAGCUCCCGAAUACUUGGCCACAGACCUUGUUGUUCUCAUUUACAUGAAAUCGGACCCUCGGUGUACUCAUUGCUUUCAAGCCACGCUACCUGUGCACUGUCGCUAUCACCGGCCAGCAGAGAAUGAUGGGAGAGUGCCUGCUGCAUUGAAGAAUCCUGAAAUACUGAUCCGCUGCCCUGAAAGUUUCCCACCAAUGAAGUGUUGGAGGCAUUCUGAAGUAGAAGCCCCCUGUUCAGUGAGAACUGAGUCCACUUGUCAUUGGAACAAUGUGAAGUAUAAGCCUGUAAAUAAGGAACUGAUUCUGCAGGUUCCAGUAGGACUCAAGCAACACAGUUCCUUAGUAUGUGCAGUGACUCUUCUUACCACAGUCUUGUGUUCGAGUCUGGUUCUUGCAGCCAUAUGCAAACACGGUCACUUCUUCCUGGUGAACUGCUCAUAGUGAAACCAAACAUGGCCUUAUUGUAAGAAGCCAUAUGGAUUGGGACUACAGCCUUGGGAUCUGAUAGGCAUCAUUCUUCAUCUUCUGCUGAAACUCAAAGAGCUCAUCUUGUGACUUCUCCUACUGCAGGGUGACAAGUGCUCCAACCCUGGUUUCUUGUUCUCCCUCGGUUCAGUGCUGGAUGAUGAUGGCUGUGUCUACUUCAUUCACUACCUCGGUGCACAACUCCUUUUGCAUCUGUUUGGGGAAAGGGAGGAGUUAAAGAAAACAACUGCAGAUAGACUUUGUUACAUAUUUACAGGUUUCCCUCACCAACUGAGGGGGUUAGGUUCCUGAAAGUUUCCAUGGUUGGCAAAACUGUGGUUGGUAAGACAAAAGGCUUAUGGGAAAAAUAGGGUUAGGGACUUGAAUAUGAAUAAUAAAGGAACAUACAAUGUAUAAAAAUCAUUGUUUAUAUUCGCCACACUCUCUACAUGUGCUAGAUGAUCCAACAACUCCUUCUGUUUCCAAGGACAUCACUUUUCUUGCCCUCUUCACAAAUUGCUCACCUUCACCAUUCACUUGCUUAGAGGCCAUGAUUAAGGACAAAAUGCAAAAAUCUCAAAGAAAUUGGAAGAAAAAUGCAGAGUACCUGCAACUGGAUGGUUAACAGUGUGAAGCAUGAUGCAAGACUGAGUGUCUGUGAGGAGAUGAGAUUGCCACAGGUGGCUAGCAAGAGCGUGGGUGAUUUGAAAUGGCAGGUGGCAAGCUCAUGUGUGGCCAUGGAAAACCGUGGUUACUCCACACUGUAUUCCAUGGUAGCCAAAAUGG